GUUCACAAAGUUGGCACAUCGUACUCAUACUAUUCAAGAAGUCUUAAGCCUGUCCAGCAUCAUAAGAUUUCUCAUCUUGAACAGUUUAUCCCCCAAGCUUUUCCGGCAGGAAUAGAUCUGAUCAUUGAUGCUGAGGUUCUUCUCGUUGACAACGCGACUGGCAAACCGCUCCCAUUCGGUUCUUUGGGAAUCCAUAAAAAGGAACAGUUUAAAGAUGCAUCGGUUUGCAUUUUUAUAUUCGACAUCUUGCGAUACAACGAUGAGGACCUGAUGUCGAGAACUCUGGCUGAAAGAAAAAUGCUUCUUGAAUCUAAAAUGACAGAGGUGGAAAAUCGUGUGAUGAUGUCAAAUUACCAGCUUAUUCGUAACGGGGACCAUGACACAUUAAGAACCAUGAUUUGGAAAGCCAUCGAUGAAGGCCUCGAAGGUCUCGUGUUAAAGGAUACCCGAUCAGUAUAUGAGCCAGGCAAACGACAUUGGCUCAAGGUUAAGAAAGACUAUCUAGAGGAGGGGAAAAUGGCGGACACAGCAGACCUUAUAGUGCUUGGUGCUUAUUUUGGCACCGGCUCCAAAGAUGUUUUCCAAACUGUAGGUGGAAUGAUGUCGGUAUUUCUUAUGGGGGUCUACGAUAAAGACACGAAUUCCUAUCGCACGGUAACAAAAUGCGGCAAUGGACAUACAGAUGAUGCCCUUGAUGCCAUAAAUAAGAAACUGAAGGAUAAG